AUGGCCGAGGGGGGAGUAAAGCGCGCCGCUUCCCCCACCCGGGCGAUCUCGCCUCCACCAGUGCGACGCAAGGUUGAAUCGACAGUGACCAAGAAGUCGAUGUCCUCUUUUUUCACUCCAACCUCACAGAAGAAGCCUGAGCCCAUAAUCUGGCGCAUCGUUCGUAACAGUUUGGCCAUCGGCAAGUACACACCAGAUGGCAAGACUGCCCAACCACCGGCAGCAGGACAGCGAAAGAUCGCUGCGUUCGAUCUGGACUCGACUCUCAUCACAACAAAGUCGGGGAACACAUUCGCCAAAUCGGCUACAGAUUGGAAAUGGUGGCACGCCUCUGUGCCGAGCCGUCUACAAGAACUCUACUCUGAGGGAUUCCAGGUCGUUGUGGUCUCAAACCAGAAAAAGAUCAGCCUCAAGAAGGACCUGAAAAGCGGACACAGCGACUCGAAGAGUCUCGCGACGUUUAAGGAGAAAACGAGUGCUAUCAUGACUCAACUCGAACUGCCCUUGAGUGUCUACGCUGCUACAGAGAAUGACGAGUACCGCAAGCCUCGUAUGGGCAUGUGGCGUGAGCUCCUGGACGAUUAUGAUCUCGAUGUUGCGGGUGUGGAUUUGUCUGGGUCUGUGUUUGUUGGUGAUGCUGCUGGACGACCUGGUGAUCACUCUUCUACUGAUCGUGGUUUCGCUGCGAAUAUCGGGAUACCGUUCAAGACACCAGAGGAGUUCUUCCUUGAGCAAGCUCCGGACCCGUUGACUGAAGUCUUUGAUCCGUCGUUAUACACGAAGUCGAGUCCAGAUCAACCCGCCAAACUAGUACCAAAACCGUUCUCUCGAAAACAUUCUCUUGAGCUCGUCAUCUUCUGUGGCAGUCCCGGUGCAGGGAAAUCCACAUUCUACUGGAACCACUUGGAGCCACUGGGCUACGAGCGUGUCAACCAGGAUAAACUGGGAACCCGUCCGAAAUGCCUCAAGGUUGCCCGAGAGCAUCUCGAAGCAAAGAAGUCCGUCGCAGUCGACAACACAAACGCCGACAUUGAAACAAGAGCCUACUGGACAUCUCUAGCAAAGGAACUAAAAGUACCUAUCCGCUGCGUGCAAUUUAUCUCCUCCCCUGAACUGUGCCGGCAUAACAAUGCAGUUCGAACAGCGAACAAGGAACUAAAUCCCGAAUCCCGCACCUCCGUACCGGGAAUUGCUUUCGGAAGCUUUGCGAGCCGGUUCAAGGAACCAACCCUCGACGAGGGAUUCGAGGAUAUUAUCCCCGUUCGGUUCCAGUUCCAAGGGAGUGAGGAUGCACGAAAGGUGUGGAGUCAAUACUGGAUAUAG